ACAGCAGUGGUACGCCUGGUGGCUCUGCAGAUACAGGUGACUGACUACCCAGCCCAAGAACAGACCUCUGGGGAACUGUGUGUGUGUCUGUUGUGUGUGUGUAUGUUGUGUGUCUGUUGAGUGUGUGUGUGUGUGUGUGUGUGUGUGUGUGUGUGUGUGUGUGUGUGUGUGUGUGUCUGUCAUAAUGAAACAUUUAUUUUGUUCUCUUUCCUGAUUGACAGGCUUUGAAGGAUGACUUCCCUCUGAGCCAUGUGAUCUCCCCCUUCACCAAUCAGGAGAGGCGAGAGGGCAUGCUGCUCAACCUGCUUAUUCCAUUCGUGCUGACCGUGGGGUCAGGGAGCAAAGGUCAGAGCCCUGGAUCAAGAGGUCAAAUGUCACCAAUCUGUGUGUGUAUGUAUGCAUACGUGCGUCUGAAAUAAUGGCUGUGUUCCAGCCAGACUUGAAUGUCACCUUGCAGUCACCUGCCAGAUCUCACAGCGCCUGGAUAGGUGUUAAAAAUAUCAGUUACCUGCAUCAUAUAUAUAACAAUCUGAUGCUCGCCUGCACCAUCGAUGACCUGGCACCCAACGAAUAGUUGAUAUGUGUUGCACAACUGCAAUGUGGUCGGCCUGGAACGCAACCAAUGUGUGUGUAUGUGUUUGUUCCCCCUCUGCAGACUCCCCACACCUGGAGCAGCCAGAGGUCUCCCUGCUCCUGCAGACGGUCAUCAACAUCCUGCUCCCCCCGCGCAUCAUCAGCACGUCCCGGACCAAGAACUUCAUGCUGGACACGUCCCCCGCCCACUGCUCCACCCCGGGGGACCAGGGCAAGGACCUGAGGAGAGAGGGCCUGGCCGAGUCCACCAGUCAGGCUGCAUACCUGGGUAGGGUUAGACUUAUGCAGACUUAGACUAUUUAGAAUAAGACUUACACUUAGAACUUACAUGUAUUCUAAGGGAACUUGAUUUUCCCUGCGAUAGACUAGCGUCCUGUCCAGUUGGUGUACUUGUACAUCAAGCUGCCUCACGUUGCAGAAACAGGAGAUAGACUAGCGUCCUGUCCAGGGGGUGUACUUGUACAUCAAGCUGCCUCACGUUACAGAAACAGGAGAUAGACUAGCGUCCUGUCCAGGGGGUGUACUUGUACAUCAAGCUGCCUCACGUUACAGAAACAGGAGAUAGACUAGCGUCCUGUCCAGGGGGUGUACUUGUACAUCAAGCUGCCUCACGUUACAGAAACAGGAGAUAGACUAGCGUCCUGUCCAGGGGGUGUACUUGUACAUCAAGCUGCCUCACGCUCCUAUGAGCCGUUCUGGCUCGCAUAAACCAAGACUCGUGCAUAGCUACUUAGACUUAGACUUACAUUUAGAACAUCCAUUUUAUUCUGAGGGAAGUCUGUUCUGCAGGGUUCUGAUUUAGGCUCCAGUGGCAGAGUGGGAGGAUGAGGUGUUGAAUAAUAGUGGAUGGCUGGUUAAAAGAUGUAGGAGCUGAUGGGUUGUUGAUGGAGGUGGUGUUUCUCUCUCCAUUACUUUCUCUCUCUUUUUCUCUCUCUCCCUCCCUUUCUCUUCCUCUGACUCCUCCCUUUCUCUGUCUUUCUCUCCCCCAAAGAGAGGAAGGGAGGCCGAGAGAGGAGGGGGAGAGAAAAAAAGAGAAGAAAGAGCGACGAGAGCGCAAAGAGGACAACCGGGAGAGAGACAGACGAGAGACCUAAACGUAGCGACAAAAUGAAAAAGGAAAACCCCCCAAACUCUCUCACCCCUCCUGUACCCCCCGCCCUACCCCAGCUCCCCCUCUCGCUCCCAUAUAUCUACCCCCUCCCCUCACUCUCUACCCAUCUCUCUCCCCUCCUCUCCCUCUCUUCCCCCUCUCUCUCCCCUCCUCCCCCUCUCUUCGCCCCCUCUCUCCCCCAGCUCUAAAGGUGGUGCUAGUGUGUUUUGAGCGGCAGCUGGGGAACCAGUGGUAUCGCCUCAGCCUGCAGGUCAAGGAGAUGUCUCUGAGGAAGGUGGGAGGCCUGGCCUUCUGGGACUUCAUAGACUUCAUAGUGCGCACUCGGAUCCCCAUCUUCGUCCUGCUGCGCCCCUUUAUCCAGUGCAAGGUAGGAGUCCUGUGUAGUAUUAUACUGUAUCCUCCAUUCUGUAUAGUAUUAUACUGUACCCUCCAUUCUGUGUAGUAUUAUACUGUACCCUCCAUUCUGUGUAGUAUUAUUCUGUAUCCUCCAUUCUACUACCUUGUAUAGUAUUAAACUGUAUCCUCCAUUCUACUACCUUGUAUAGUAUUAUACUGUAUCCUCCAUUCUGUAUAGUAUUAUACUGUAUCCUCCAUUCUACUACCUUGUAUAGUAUUAUACUGUAUCCUCAAUUCUGUAUAGUAUUAUACUGUAUCCUCCAUUCUACUACCUUGUAUAGUAUUAUACUGUAUCCUCCAUUCUGUAUAGUAUUAUACUGUAUCCUCCAUUCUGUAUAGUAUUAUACUGUAUCCUCCAUUCUGUAUAGUAUUAUACUUUAAACUCCAUUCUGUAUAGGAUUAUACUGUACCCUCCAUUAUGUGUAGUAUUAUUCUGUAUCCUCCAUUCUGUAUAGUAUUAUACUUUAAACUCCAUUCUGUAUAGUAUUAUACUGUAUCCUCCAUUCUGUAUAUUAUUAUACUGUAUCCUCCAUUCUACUACCCUGUAUAGUAUUAUACUGUAUCCUCCAUUCUACUACCCUGUAUAGUAUUAUACUGUAUCCUCCAUUCUGUAUAGUUGUAUACUGUAUCCUCCAUUCUACUACCCUGUAUAGUAUUAUACUGUAUCCUCCAUUCUACUACCCUGUAUAGUAUUAUACUGUAUCCUCCAUUCUGUAUAGUAUUAUACUGUAUCCUCCAUUCUGUAUAGUAUUAUACUCUAUCCUCCAUUCUGUAUAGUAUUAUACUGUAUCCUCCAUUCUACUACCCUGUAUAGUAUUAUACUGUAUCCUCCAUUCUGUAUAGUUGUAUACUGUAUCCUCCAUUCUACUACCCUGUAUAGUAUUAUACUGUAUCCUCCAUUCUACUACCCUGUAUAGUAUUAUACUGUAUCCUCCAUUCUGUAUAGUAUUAUACUGUAUCCUCCAUUCUGUAUAGUAUUAUACUCUAUCCUCCAUUCUGUAUAGUAUUAUACUGUAUCCUCCAUUCUACUACCCUGUAUAGUAUUAUACUGUAUCCUCCAUUCUGUAUAGUUGUAUACUGUAUCCUCCAUUCUACUACCCUGUAUAGUAUUAUACUGUAUCCUCCAUUCUACUACCCUGUAUAGUAUUAUACUGUAUCCUCCAUUCUGGAUAGUAUUAUACUGUAUCCUCCAUUCUGUAUAGUAUUAUACUGUAUCCUCCAUUCUGUAUAGUAUUAUACUGUAUCCUCCAUUCUGUAUAGUAUUAUACUGUAUCCUCCAUUCUGUAUAGUAUUAUACUGUAUCCUCCAUUCUGUAUAGUAUUAUACUGUAUCCUCCAUUCUGUAUAGUAUUAUACUGUAUCCUCCAUUCUGUAUAGUAUUAUAAUGUAUCCUCCAUUCUACUACCUUGUAUAGUAUUAUACUGUAUCCUCCAUUCUGCAUAGUAUUAUACUGUAUCCUCCAUUCUACUACCUUGUAUAGUAUUAUACUGUAUCCUCCAUUCUGUAUAGUAUUAUACUGUAUCCUCCAUUCUGUAUAGUUUUAUACUGUAUCCUCCAUUCUACUACCUUGUAUAGUAUUAUACUGUAUCCUCCAUUCUGUAUAGUAUUAUACUGUAUCCUCCAUUCUGUGUAGUAUUAUACUGUAUUCUCCAUUCUGUAUAGUAUUAUACUGUAUCCUCUAUUCUACUACCUUGUAUAGUAUUAUACUGUAUCCUCCAUUCUACUACCUUGUAUAGUAUUAUACUGUAUCCUCCAUUCUACUACACUGUGCCUCUGUAAGAGCCCUGCAAAGUGUUCCCCUCUAUAUACCUCUUCUUCUAUGUUCUUUCUAGGGCUAGAAUCACAGAAUCCUUUAUUCAGCUCUCUCUCUCUCUCUCUCUCUCUCUCUCUCUCUCUCUCUCUCUCUCUCUCUCUCCCGUCUUCUUCUUAACCCCUCCCAGCUCCUGACCCAGCCAGCUGACUCCCAGGAGGAGAUCACGGCCCGCCACCACAUCGCUGACCAGCUGGAGCGCCGCUUCAUCCCCCGCCCCCUCUGCAAGAGCUCCCUGUUCGCAGAGUUCAACAACGAGCUGAAGAUCCUCAAGGAGGCCGUGCACAGUGGCUCUGGUUGGUGACCUACUGAUUAGUACACUGGCUAUUAGUAGACUAGCCGUUAGUAUACUACUUUUUAGUGCACUACUCAUUUAGUACACUACCCGUUAGUACACUACACAUUAGACACAUAGCCAACUAGUAAACAAAUGCCAUGUUAACCUUUCAUUAUUAAUGGAUAGGUUAUGAUAAGAGAUUGGUUAAGGUUGACCUAUGUGUCUGUUCCACAGCAUACCAGGGCAAGACAUCCAUCAGUACAGUGGGCACGUCCACCUCUGCCUACCGCCUGUCUCUGGCCACCAUGUCCCGGUCCAACACGGGCACGGGCACGGUGUGGGAGCAGGAGAGCCAGCCGUCCCGCCAGCCCUCCCAGGACACGCUGAGCCGCACCGACGAGGAUGACGAACAGGAGCAGGAAGAGAGUCAGACACUCCUCCUAUCUAUUACUAAUACUAUCACUCUAUCACUGAGUCAGACACUCCUCCUAUCUAUUACUACUACUAUCACUCUAUCACUGAGUCAGACACUCCUCCUAUCUAUUACUACUAUCACUCUAUCACUGAGUCAGACACUCCUCCUAUCUACUACUACUAUCACUCUAUCACUGAGUCAGACACUCCUCCUAUCUACUACUACUAUCACUCUAUCACUGAGUCAGACACUCCUCCUAUCUAUUACUACUAUCACUCUAUCACUGAGUCAGACACUCCUCCUAUCUACUACUACUAUCACUCUAUCACUGAGUCAGACACUCCUCCUAUCUAUUACUACUAUCACUCUAUCACUGAGUCAGACACUCCUCCUAUCUACUACUACUAUCACUCUAUCACUGAGUCAGACACUCCUCCUAUCUAUUACUACUACUAUCACUCUAUCACUGAGUCAGACACUCCUCCUAUCUAUUACUACUACUAUCACUCUAUCACUGAGUCAGACACUCCUCCUAUCUACUACUACUAUCACUCUAUCACUGAGUCAGACACUCCUCCUAUCUAUUACUACUACUAUCACUCUAUCACUGAGUCAGACACUCCUCCUAUCUACUACUACUAUCACUCUAUCACUGAGUCAGACACUCCUCCUAUCUAUUACUAAUACUAUCACUCUAUCACUGAGUCAGACACUCCUCCUAUCUACUACUACUAUCACUCUAUCACUGAGUCAGACACUCCUCCUAUCUACUACUACUAUCACUCUAUCACUGAGUCAGACACUCCUCCUAUCUAUUACUACUAUCACUCUAUCACUGAGUCAGACACUCCUCCUAUCUACUACUACUAUCACUCUAUCACUGAGUCAGACACUCCUCCUAUCUAUUACUACUACUAUCACUCUAUCACUGAGUCAGACACUCCUCCUAUCUAUUACUACUACUAUCACUCUAUCACUGAGUCAGACACUCCUCCUAUCUACUACUACUAUCACUCUAUCACUGAGUCAGACACUCCUCCUAUCUAUUACUACUACUAUCACUCUAUCACUGAGUCAGACACUCCUCCUAUCUACUACUACUAUCACUCUAUCACUGAGUCAGACACUCCUCCUAUCUAUUACUACUACUAUCACUCUAUCACUGAGUCAGACACUCCUCCUAUCUAUUACUACUACUAUCACUCUAUCACUGAGUCAGACACUCCUCCUAUCUAUUACUACUACUAUCACUCUAUCACUGAGUCAGACACUCCUCCUAUCUACUACUACUAUCACUCUAUCACUGAGUCAGACACUCCUCCUAUCUAUUACUACUACUAUCACUCUAUCACUGAGUCAGACACUCCUCCUAUCUACUACUACUAUCACUCUAUCACUGAGUCAGAUACUCCUCCUAUCUAUUACUAUCACUCUUUUACAAAAAUGGAGAGAAAUAAGCUUUUUGUGUGUAUGGAAUAUUUCUGUGAUCCUUUAUUUUAGGGACCAACACUUUCCAUGUUGAGUUUAUAUUUUAGUUCAAUGUAUAUAAAACACAGAAAAGUCUGGGUUUUUGUCUGCACUGGGCCUUUAAUGAAUUAUAUCUCCCCUUUCAUAUUGGUUUUGUUUUUCUCUCUCCCUCCCUCUCUUUCUCUCUUUCACCCCCUCUUUCACUAUCUGAAUGGUCUGGUUGUUGCAUGUUUGGGUUUGCCUGCAUGUCAUUUUCACCCCCCACUCCCCCCAACCUGCACCGGCAUUUUGAUCGCCCCCUUUCCUCUCUCUCCCUCUCUCGCUCUACGCCGUUCAUACUAUCUCUCUAUCCCGAGCGGAGAGAGUCGUGGAGAGAGAUCGAGAGCGGGCAGAGAGAAGACUACCUCCUGACGCGAUAUCGUUAGCGCGAUCGUAGUCGAUUCUAUCUCUCUCUCUAGCUCUCUCUCUCUCCCUCUCUCUCUCUACUCUCUCUCUCUCUCUCUCUCUCUCUCUCUCUCUCUCUCUCUCUCCUCUAGAUGACUCUAUCAGUAUUCCCAGUGUGGUGAGUGAACACGAGGUCUUCCUACCCAGGCUCAUCACGCAGCGACGCUUCUCCAGUCACGCCACGGGCAGCGCCCAGCCUGAACCAAGCACCCGCAGCACCAUGCUGCCCAGCCACAGGUAACACACACACACACCCCUACACACACACACACACACACACACACACACUCACAGUCUUGUACAACUAACCUUGUGGGGACACACAAUUCAGUCCCAUUCAAAAUACUAUUUUCCCUAACCCCUAACCCUAACCCUUACACUUACCCUAACCUUAACCUGAAAACGUAACCCUAAACCUAGCUCCUAACCCUAACCCUAGCCCUAGCUCCUAACCCUAACCCUAAAACUAACCCUAGCUCCUAACCCUAACCCUAAAACUAACCCUAGCUCCUAAGCCUAACCCUAAACCUAAUUCUAACCCUAACACUAAUUCUAACCUUAACCCCAAACCCCCUAAAAAUAGCAUUCUAGUCCCCACAAGUAUAGUUAAACACGUCCACCCCUAGACACACACCCCUACACACACCCAUACACACACACACCCAUACACACACACCCCUAGACACACACCCCUACAACCACACACCCCUACACACACACACCUCUCCCUACACACACAACACAUAUGCACGUGCACACCCGCACACCUCACAUGAGCACACGCGCUCACACAUCACCUCACUCCUCGACACUGGAUUGUACUAUGACUGUCCACACAUCACCUCACUCCUCGACACUGGAUUGUACUAUGAUUGUCCACACAUCACCUCACUCCUCGACACUGGAUUGUACUAUGAUUGUCCACACAUCACCUCACUCCUCGACACUGGAUUGUACUAUGACUGUCCACACGUCAGCACGGUCAGUACAUGUAACACACCGUCACUUCAGAAGACACAAUCACAGUCAUACUAUUUCUGUUGUUUUAAAGCUGUUUAUUUGUGUUUAUUUGUGUAACCUUUUCUGGAGAACAGUAUGCUGGAUGAAUAGCUAAGAAGUCAGGCCUGCUACCAGGCAUAGUCGUUUUAGCAGAGAGAUUGUCUCUGAAUACUUUAAAAACACACCCUUCCUGCCAAGGAUUUCUUUAAGUAAGUAAGUAUGGGAGGGAGGAAGGGUGCAUAUUUAGAGUAUUCAAACAGGGCCCUAGAUCAAUGGAAAGUUGGUCCAGCUACUGUACCAUAGGAGACCCUUCAGAGGAGAAGCCUUGGACAUGAGGCAGCAUGCUCUCCUCUCUCCCUAAACCCCUUCUCUCCUUCCUGCCCCCUCCUCUGCAGUGAACCCAAUGUGCUAGAUGAGUCUCAAGGACUGGAAGAGGGUAACCUGUCUAGGUACAGUGUCACGUCACAGCCCCCCUGUGUGUUGCGUCUCUCUAUGUGCAGUUUGGGGGGGGCUCGGCCAAUCGGACGGCCUCCUCUGACUACUUCGUUUUCCUCACUCAUUAUCUCAUCCAAUCAAAACCGCCGUUGGUCCAUCACCCUUCCUCCUUGUGUAGGUAGAAUUGAACGUAGUCUCUUGUUCCCCCUCGAAGCUACCACACUGACACCACCCAUCUCAAGCCAUCCACUGUUGCCUCUUUAACCCUUUAAAUCCCUGGGCGGUGUGAGGACGCUGGGGAGCGGGUGGGUAAUGUACUGUGUCUCAGCCAGCUCAGUCCAUCGGUGCCAUCAUGGUCUUCAUACUGUUUCAGGCUUUUCAGUGUUCAAAUUGGACGUCCUCUCCAGGAUACCAAUCUGUGGGGCAUGGGGUACUGGAGUGGCAAUCGAUCAAUGAAAUGAUUACAUUUAUCUUAUCAAGAAGUUAGACAUUACCAGAUAGGUUCAUGUUCUAGUUCUGUGCACUGGGAAUAUGGUACAAGCUGUCUACAUAAGAACACAGAUCACUCCAGACCCCAUAACCCCCUUUGUGUUUUGGUGUAUUCUUGCGCUGUGAUUGGGUGUCCUUGAUUGGUGGGUGUGUCGGUGUCGUGUGCAGUGGCGUGAUUGGGUUAGUGGGGAGAGAUGGGAAGAAUGUGAGGAGCAGUGGACAGACACACCUCCUCUUGACUCUCCUGUGUGUCUCAGUGAAAGAGAGAGAGUUCAUUAGGAGAAACACCACGUGUGUGUUGUACUGACUGGUUCUGUCUGUCUGUGUCUUUGCCUGUCUGUCUCUUUUCCUGUCUUUGCCUGUCUGUCUUUGUGUCUGUCUCUGUGUCUGUCUCUGUCUCUGUGUCUGUCUUUCUCUGUCUGUCUCUGCAUGUCUGUCUGUCUGUCUCUGUGGUUCUGUCUGUCUCUGUGUUUCUGUCUGUCUGUCUGUCUGUCUGGUUGGGUGGUGUAGGGUGGCCAGUGUGCAGAGUGAACCAGGCCAGCAGAACCUCUUAAACCAACCUCCGCUGGGACGCAAAAGAGGACUAAGACAGGUGAGAGUGGUCUUCAAAGUGGAACUAUAAAUGCUCCUUUUCAGUUUAUUGAGAAAAUAUUUUGUUUUUCAAAUGCAUUAUUCACAAUUAUUGAAUUGGAAUUUCAGUUUACUUCCUGAAUUGACUGACUUCAAUUUACCCUGGUUUAUACUGGGGUGCAUUCAGUUUGAUUGAACGUUUGCUAAGUUGAGGUACGGUUUGUACUGAAUGGCACCAUUCCCCAAAAUGUUCUUGAACCGACUUUGAGGUCAGUUUGCUCCAUUUGGUGGGUGUGGCUUGAAGCAAUGAAUGACGUAUUUAAAGGGAAGCAGUGCAUUUUGAACACACAAUCCAACCCCUCCCCGGUUUUUUGAACACACAAUCCAACCCCUCCCCGGUUUUUCAACAGGUCGCUCAGUACAGCACCGUUUCCAUUUCAUUGAACGUUCCACUACGUUUUUUCGUACUGAACGCAGCCCUGGUCUUGUCACAUGAUCAGGGAAAACUCUGUCCCUAGUUGUGGAUAAUGAUGAAGAGGCUAUCCACAUUGACAUUCACAGUGGACAUUAUUUGUGGAUUGGUUGAUUGAUUGGUUGAUUGAUUGAUAUUUCAAUGCAGUUGCGACGCCCCCUGCUGUCCCUUCCAAAGAGUGAGCUGCGAGGGCCAGGUCGCUCUGGAGCCCGGCUCUCCACCACCCGCAGGAGCAUCCAGCCCAAGAACAAACCUCUGGGUAACUGUGUGCACAUGAGUGUGUGUCUGUUGUGUCUGUUGUGUGUGUUGUGUGUGUGUGUGAGAGAGAUUCUGUAACUACAGCAAACUUGCCCUACACUUCAGAUCAAGCACACUUCAGUUCAAAUGUAGACCUUGUGAUAUUAACUAUUAAUACUAAAUAUUUUCUCAUGAACGUAUCUCUGACAAUCUGAUUCCUCCCACUCUGUGUGUUGACUUGAUCUGACAUGUACCGAUCCUCCUCAUUCACAACCGUUGUCUCUGUUCCAAUGUGUCUUAAUCCCCUGUCACUUCCGACCCCAAUAACUGACUCUGUUCAUUCUGUGUUCUGUUUAUGCCUUUGUUUCGAUUCGAAUAAAGAAACUUUAUUGGACUGCGAAGGUGAGACACCUAUACUUCCUCCCUCUCCUCUUGCAACGUAAUGACGCCAUCUCUCUGAAACCUCUCACCUGAUACGUUGCUCUGCAUGUCUGUCUUGCAUCCCCCCCACGCUCCCGCCCCUUCCACUCCUCUCCCUCACCCCUGGUAGUGGUUGUGGUAAUGUGUCCGCUAGUCCACAAGGUGGUGCUGUGAUGAACUAUGAGUGUGAUAACUGUGAUGAUGUCUCCUCAGCAACCCAUGGGUGGGACCAGAAAAGGGUGGUCACCUUCACAGAGAGCCAGCAGGCUCAGGCGAAGAGCCCCACCCCCGGUGGCGCCGAUGCCCACCCAGAGGGCAGGAAGGCCAGCCCGGCCCCUCCACUCGCUCCCCCUGCUGCCCCUGGUGCCUCCUCCUCUGCCAUCAUCAAAGCUGACCUCCACAGCCCUGCCAAGAAACAGGUACGAAUGGGGGAUAUUUUAUGACAUUGUCAAUUCUCUCUCUGUAGUUUGUGUCAUGUCGAUUUGGUAAGAAGGUACGCAGAAUGGUCCUUUUGUGUAGCUUGCAUUUUGUACGUUCCUACGAUAUAUAAAUUAAAGGGAAAAUCCACUCCAGAAAUGAAACUCAUGAAACUCCUCUCAAUGUGGUGUUCUAUAAGUGGGUAAAAUACCUAUUUUCACCAUGAUUUAACUUCUAAGUGGUCAGUCUGUGAAAUCAGGAAAUCGUGUUGUAACGUGUCAUCACGAUAAGGUUCUUGUUACUGGAGAUAAGGAAUAUCACAUUUCAUAAUGCCUUUUAAAUAUUUUUCUUAACUCUAUUUCUUGAACUGCGUUGUUGGUUAAGGGCUUGUAAGUAAGCAUUUCACGGUAAGGUCUACACCUGUUGUGUUCGGCGCCUGUGACAAAUAAAGUUUGAUUUGAAAUGUCACUCUUCUUGUUUCCUGGUUGUAGUUAUCGAUGGAGAGCAAGGAGAAACAAGAGCAGUGGGGCCUCCGCAGCAGCCUCUCUCCUCGGCCCUCCAUCUCCCGCGCCUCCACCCCCACCCCACCCUCCUCCUGCUCUCCUCUCCCUCCACCGCCUCUCCCCAUCUCUCGCACCUGUUCUCCCCUCCCCCCUCUGCCGAUCCUGGGGAUCCAACCCCCCGCUCCCCCCGCCCACCUCUCCCAUCCAGGUCCGUCCUCCCAUCAGACCCCGGAGAGCCCAGAGGACGAGGACACGACUGCCCUGCUGGGGAGAUACACAGACACCCUCCUCCACAUUUCAGAGGACAAUGGGGGCACAGAGAACCCCCUGCUCGCCCCCCUGCUCUCCCCCCGCCGCUCGCCCGCCCUGCCCCCCCGCCGCUCG